GGGACAACAAGGACAGACAUGCGCUUCUGCAUGUUUGCUGGGGUUCGCUACCUCUGACUGCCACAGGUUUUGCUUGGAAAGGAAACUUGGAGGGCAUUUAGUCCCAAACCAUGAGAUGGCUUUGCCUAUCUGCCAGUCUGAGAGGAAACAGAUAUGCUGAGUGGAAAGAAAGGCCUGCUUGGUGGAACUAGGGCUCUCAUGUGCCUCUGACAGCUGCUUUUGGGGAGCAGUCAUACGGCAUAUUUCAGGAAUAUUUUCUGUGUGCUUACCAUAAGCCACAGAAAAGCCAGGUGUGGUGGUACACAGAUGUGAUCCCAGCACUAGGCAGGAGGAUUGCCAGUUUGAGGCCAACCUGGGCUACAUAAUGAGACAGGAGGAGGAAGAGGAGGGAAAAAAAUCUAGUUAUGAUAGAAUUGUUUGAUUUUGUUUGAGACAGAGUCUUACUGAAUCACCCUGGCUGCCCUGGAACUCACUUUGUAGUCCAGGCUGGCCUCAAACUUUGCAAUCCUAACUCUGCCCCUGGCACGACAGAAUUUUAGAUACAGCCUUACAAGUACAUGACACCAACAUUUAAUCAAAAAAGACAAAACGCCAUUAGGAUCUACCUGGUGAAGUUUACUGAAAUGCCUGAAGCUUACCAAGAAAGACAAAACAUACCAAAAUAUACAAUGGGCCCGGCAUGGUGAUACACACCUUUGAUCCCAGCACUUGGGAGGUGGACUUAGGUAGAUCUCUAUGAGUUUGAGGCUAGUCUGGUCUGCACAGUGAGUUUCAAGCCAGCCAUUUGAGACCCCAUUUGGGUGGAGCGGGGAACUGGGGCUGGAGAAAUGACUCAGCAGUUAUAAGUGCUUGCUGUUCUCCCAAAAGACACGAGUUCAGUUCCCAGCACCCAGGUCAGGUUAUAACUCCAGCUUCAAGAGAUCCAACACCCUCUUCUGGUCUCUGCAGGCAUCUGUACACAUGUGGCGCGCACACACACACACACACACACACACACACACACACACAUAAAAAAAAAAAACUAAGUAUUUUUUAGCUGCACACUACAGUAAAGUACAACUGAUCAGUGCUGGUUUGAUCAUGGAUGGAUACUGGAACAUGUGGGAGGAAAUGUCCAAAGGAGGAAGUCACAGGAGUGGGCUUUGUGUCCAGAGCAUGGGUAACUUGAUGUGUGGGAUCAUUGUACUUUCAUAGCCUUCCAACCUCUGACGUACAUCCCAAGGGACAGACAGCAUGGCAGCCUGCGGGAAGACCAAUAAAUCCCACGUCAUCUUCAAGAAGGUCUCUCGGGACAAGUCGGUGACCAUCUACCUGGGGAAGAGAGACUAUGUAGACCACGUCAGCCAAGUAGAGCCUGUAGAUGGUGUUGUGCUGGUGGACCCUGAGCUUGUGAAGGGGAAGAAGGUGUAUGUCACCCUGACCUGCGCCUUCCGCUAUGGCCAGGAGGACAUUGAUGUGAUGGGCCUGACCUUCCGCAGGGACCUGUAUUUUUCUCGGGUCCAGGUAUACCCUCCUGUUGGGGCCAUGAGUGUCCUCACCCAACUCCAAGAGAGCCUGCUCAAGAAACUGGGAGACAACACGUACCCCUUUCUGCUCACGUUUCCUGACUACCUACCCUGUUCAGUGAUGUUGCAGCCAGCUCCCCAGGAUGUAGGCAAGAGCUGUGGGGUUGACUUUGAGGUUAAAGCAUUUGCCUCAGACAUCACAGAUCCUGAGGAGGACAAGAUCCCCAAGAAGAGCUCUGUGCGGUUACUGAUCCGGAAAGUGCAGCAUGCCCCACCUGAGAUGGGUCCCCAGCCCAGUGCUGAAGCCUCCUGGCAGUUCUUCAUGUCUGACAAGCCCCUGAACCUCUCAGUCUCCCUCAGCAAAGAGAUAUAUUUCCAUGGGGAGCCCAUCCCCGUGACUGUGACCGUGACCAACAACACCGACAAGGUUGUGAAGAAGAUUAAAGUAUCAGUGGAACAGAUAGCCAAUGUGGUUCUCUACUCAAGUGACUAUUACGUCAAGCCUGUAGCCUCGGAGGAAACACAAGAAAAAGUGCAGCCAAACAGCACUUUGACCAAGACACUGGUGCUGGUGCCCCUACUGGCUAACAACAGAGAAAGAAGAGGCAUCGCGCUGGAUGGGAAGAUCAAGCAUGAGGACACAAACCUGGCCUCCAGCACCAUCAUCAAGGAGGGCAUCGACCGGACCGUCAUGGGGAUCCUGGUGUCAUACCAUAUCAAGGUGAAGCUCACGGUGUCGGGCUUUCUAGGAGAGCUCACAUCCAGUGAAGUGGCUACCGAGGUGCCGUUCCGCCUCAUGCACCCGCAGCCUGAGGAUCCAGCAAAAGAAAGUGUUCAGGAUGAAAAUUUGGUUUUUGAAGAGUUUGCUCGCCAAAAUCUGAAAGAUACUGGAGAGAACACAGAAGGGAAGAAAGAUGAGGAUGCUGGCCAGGAUGAGUGAAGACUUAGCCUAGAUGCCUAGAAACUGCUUGUAGUUCCGGGUGCCUUGAGGGAAGCCCCCGGUAGACUCUCAAAGUUAUGCUAGAUAUCAAAGCAUGAGCAUUCCUCCCAGAAAUAAAGUCUCUGGGUCCUCUUA